AUGCAAGAAAAGAGCAGACCAGCCGAAGGUCCCAUGAGCCUCUCCAUAGAAGACGCCUGCAGGGAGGACAGUGACUUUCUGGAGAAGCACAAAAGCGUAUACGAGGCCAUGAAAGUUCUCAAAAAAGAGAUCGAGUCCCACGAGAGGAAGAAGAAGGCGCUGGAGCUGCAAAUAGAGAGGCUCCGAACAACCUUCACAGAGUACGUUCAGUCGAUAGAAGUGAUAGAAAAGUCAGAAAUCUACACGAGAGCUCUCCCCUCUAAGAGGCUAAACCACAGCAGAGUCCUGAAGAGUGCGCAUAUUUUCCUCCUUCCCUCGAUCUCCUCCUACACCUUCAUAGACGAGUCUCUCUCCUCGUACAUAAAAAAAGCCUGCGACGAGUACAAGCAGGCAAAGAUAAAGUACGACGCCCUGCAGGUCCUGCAGAAGGGGGCAGGUACUCCUGGGGAACCUGUAGAACUGGAGAGGAAGUUUCAGGCGUAUGAGAAGUUCGUUAAUUUCACGCAGUGUAAAAUGAGCUUCUCCCUCCAAACAAACAAGCUCACGCUGAUGCUUCUGAAGGCAAUUUUCACGGAGGUUGAGUCGAUGGAGAAAAUAUCCACAGAGCAUGCAGGAAUGUGUUUGAGCACGCAGAAGAUAAAGAGUCAUCAGUAUACGACGCUGGAGAAUGCGAUUUCUCCGCUGAUUUCUCGGGAGGUCUUGACGCUGAACGGGAUUGCCCCAGAGGAGAUCGAGAGGCAAAAGAGAAAAAUCAUGAACGAGCACCGGCCAGUGAACGAGGAAGGUCUUACGCCCGUGGGAGAGCCAAAGAUCAGCAGGAAGUUGAUACCUGAUAAAGUUGGGUUUCUGCUUUCAGGGAUACGGCAGCAGCACAUGGCAACAUUCUUUGCGAACUUUCAAAUUGGCGAGAGAGUAUUUCGGGGGAACUUCUACCUCCACCGGGGAAUACUCGUGAUUUCAGAGAUGGUCUUCGGGUGGAGAUAUGCAAUACAUCGGGAGGACGUGUACGUAUUUGUGCCGGAGUGCUCUUCUGUGAGGAUCCAGGCACAAGAUAUAGAAAUAACGGUAUUUUGCACGUAUAAAGACGUAUCUUCCCUGUGCAGUUGGUAUACGGGUUUUUUCCGAGUGGAGAGAAAAAGCGUCCUCGUGGGAAAAGUGGCGAGCUCUGUGGAGGUAGUAGUCGAGAGAAUGAUGGGGGCGGAUACGAAGGAGUGCCUGGAGAUCCUCGAGGGGAGGGGAUACUUCCUGCAGACGUGCCAGAUCAAGGAGAACCGCGUCAAGAAGAGAGUUUUCCUGAGGAGGUUCCAGCAGAGAGUCUUCUUCCGGGCGGAGUACACGGAAACGUGCGCAAUAGACGAGUUCACGGAGGGAGAAGCUACGAUAGUGAUACACUCGAGUCUCUGCCUCUUCCGGUGGAUUCCCACUCUCGAAAGCAUCUCCAAGUUGCACAUAAAGCAGGAGGAGGGAACUUCCACCGUGCACUUCUCCUUUGAAAAAAGCCUGAAUACGAGACUCCUCAGACCUGCUUCGGAGGCUGUGAUGCGCUCCAUAGUAACGACGCUCCAUCUCUCGGGAGUAUGCGGGGAGAAUAAGAGCGUAUACUACCCGAGAAUAGGCCUGAAGGAUCUGGUCUCCCUCAGCGCAGUUGUUGCCCUUCUCUCCUCCUUUGCAGUCUCAUCUGCUGCCGUGCGCCUUCUGAGAGAAUUUCUUGGCUGGCAGGCCUAG